UAACAUUUUUGAACGAAUAAGAUAGUUUGUUUCAGAAACUUAAAAUAAUUUAUAAUUUUGUUUUUAUUUUAUUGUUUUUUGUUUGAAUUUUCAGUUGUGCUAGUUAUUUCUUUUUGUUGUAAUAAUGAUUACACGUAGCUCUAGCUCUAAGUUAAAGGCAACAUUAGACCAGAAGAUUCCUCCAAAGGAAGAAUCAACUAUAUCUGAACUCCCACCAAUUAUAUUCUCAGGCUACAUUAAUUAUGUCAAUGAUUUCAACGAAUGUGCUAUGAUUUGUGAUAAUCUUAUAACAGAAAUAGAAAAAUAUGAUAAAAUAGUACCAAUAGGAUUUGAUUUGGAAUGGCCUUUUAGUUUUCAAACUGGAUCUGGUAAAACAGCCUUGGCACAAAUUUGUUUCAGUGAAAAUAUUUGUUAUCUGUUACAUAUAUAUUCAUUAAAAAAAUUACCAGCUGCAUUUGUGGUCCUUUUAAGUCAUCCAAAAGUAAGAUUAGUUGGAGUUAACAUAAAGAAUGAUAUUUGGAAACUAGGUAGAGAUUUUAAGGAAUUUCCAGCUUGUAAAGUCGUAGAAAACAAUUGUUUUGAUUGUGGUAAAUUUGCAAAUACAGUAUUAAAUAGGUCUUGUCGGUGGAGUUUAGAGAAGUUAACAGAAUAUUUGCUAAAGAAAAAGAUUAGUAAAGACCCAAAAGUUAGAAAAAGUAAAUGGCAUAUGCAUCCAUUAAAUGAUGAGCAGAAACUUUAUGCAGCAACAGAUGCUUAUGUUUCUUGGCUCUUGCAUGUAACUAUACAAGAACGGGCAAAUUUAAAGGAUAAUGAAUUAAAAGAGACACAAAAUAUUAAUAUCUCAAUAUGACUACAAAAAUAGUUAAAGUUUUAUGGGCUGGUAGAUUAAGUUAUAGAUCUGGG